UACUUUCUCUCUCAUCUCCAUUCAAAGUCACUCAAUCUCUCUCUCUCUCUCCCAAGCUCGAGCUCGCUCCCUGUCGCGAUCGCAAGGAAGAUGGCAGAAUCACCUAAGGACACGGCAGUGGUGAAUCAGAAAGAGGAUAAAUCAUUACUAGAUGCUGAAUUUGGAAAGGAGUUCCUGACCUCCUGGAAGUCGUUGUCUGUGGCAGAAGAUGAUGCAGUGGAUUUUAGCUUUGAUACAGUUGGCAAAGGCAAAACAAAGAAAUUCAACUUUGAUAAACUGGAUGUCGAUUUUAACCUUGAUGGCGACUUUGACAAGUUUUCAUCAUUCAAAGUGGAUAUGCCAGAUCUUGAUUUCUCUCAUCCAUCUAAGAAAUCUCCAAACAAGGACAGAAAUGAAGCAGAAUCACCUGAUGAAGGAAAUUCCAAGAAAAGAUUUUCUUUCUCCUUUGAUUUUAAUGAGUUGGAUGGCUUUAAUCUUGAUUCACCCAUGACUGAGGGAGAACAAGGUGGGAAGAAGGUUAUAGGAAGCAAAGGGAGAUCAUCAGAGAUGAAUGAGCACCAGGGCUCGAAAACUCGCCUUCCUGAGGCAAUUCCUGACUCUGAGGAUAAUGCUAUGAUUGAUAAUGUUCAAUCAUCAUGCUGUGUGGGUACACCAGAGAUUCAAGUAGGAACUUCUGUAAUGUCAACUUCUAUGCCUAACCCAAGUCUGGAUUGGGUGCCAAAGCCCACAGCCUGUAGAAAUUCAAUUACAGAACAAUCUUCUUUCCAAAGGACAAACAGUGCGUGUUCUUAUGAAUCUGAUCAACAAGAUCAUUCAUCAGACAAAACAGCGUCAAGAGAAGUACAUAUUCAGCCUGGGGUUGAUGCAAAUUUAAGUACCAUCCCAGAGCUUCCAAGAAAAGAUCUGCCUAUUUUCAACAGUUUAAAUUGCACUUUGGGUGAAGAGCAGAGUUACAGGGAAGAAUCAGUAGGGGAAGCCACAUAUUCUCAUGGCAACAUGCAGUCAGAAGGUUCAAGUGUGCCACAUGUUCCAGGAACACCAGGGGAGGCAAAUGGAAGCAAUAAACCUUUUCUUGAUACAUUGAAUGCUACUAAGGCUGACAACAAAGACGCCAAGCCUGUGACAAGUCUUAAUGAUACAGCCUGUAUUAUCCCAAGUAAAGUACUGCAUGAUAGUGAAAUGGCUGUUUUCAGUAGAGAGCCUGGACAAGCCCACUCGAAUCGUUUCAAGAGAUCAGAGGAAACUACGAGUCAGUCUUCUCGAGAACCAUCAACUGGGAGAAAGCUUACUCAAUUUAGCAGCAAAGGACUUGCUUCUUUACAUCUAAAUGAAACUAGGUUGGGAGAUAAUGCCAAGGAUUCUCAAGUUGGGGGAAAGUCGCUCGUUGGUCUAAAUUCACAGGCAAGGGAGCAAACAAAAAGGCAACCUCCUCUGGCUGGAUGCCAUAUCAGUGUGAGACCCACUUCUCAACUGGGUUCUCUAUGCAAGACGAGCAGUUUAAAUGAGUUGUCAAAACCAACUGAUAAGAGAUGCGUGAAUCCUGAAGUCACGAAUUCCAGCAAGGAGUCUUUUAAGGAUUCAAGGGUCAGAAAUGUUGAUGUGAAGAACAGUAACUCUCUUAAUUCUGCCAAGAGGGCUUUUCAUCUUUCUAGCUUGAGAAUGAUGAGGGCCAUAAGAACCAAAGAAGGCCAACUUGGUUCUAAUCCUACAGAGGAAAUCAGUUCCAUGAGGGACUCUGAGCAAAUUAUGGCUAUGCGAGCAUUACCUCAUUGUAGCAAAAGCACCGAAAACGGAUCACUUCUCAAGUCAUCCUUAAAGCGGAAAUCAUAUGAGGGAUCAGAUGACAAUUUAAUGCCAUUUAGUCCAUUAAAACAGCUCUCUCAGUCUCCAAGUGAGAAAAGAAGUUUCAGAGAUUCCUCCAAAACUGUUGUCACAGAACAGGGGUCAGUUGCCAAUUUGAUGUCAUUUAGUCCACCGGAAUGGCCCUCUGAAUCUCCUAGUGAAAAAAGAAGUUUCAGAGAAUCCUCCAAAGCUGUUGUCACAGAACAGGUUUGCAAUCAUGAGAACACCGAUCAAAGCAAAACGGACAGUCUGUCUGGUGACCAUCCUAAAUUUCAGCUUAAGAUCUCUCCUAAGGCAAGGUCCACCGAAAUUGGAAGUCCAUCGGUCAUGGAAUCUGAUGAAAAUGUUGAAAAGGCUGAAGCUUAUACCAAGGAACUUGAAGAUAUCUGCAACAUGCUAAAGAAGAAGCAGGAAGAAGCUAAAGAAUUGCUUGUUCGAUCACUUGUGACCAACAACUAUCUACUAAUGCUUAAUCAUCCCAUCUACGAAGAACAGAUAUCCUUCUGGUUAUCAAUAAUUUCACAGGAUGUUCUUUGGGCUGUUCAUGAUAUGUUUCUUUUCCCCUUUGGCAUAUCUUUGUAAUUCCUUGAUCAGAUAAAACAUCCAUAGGGUGCAAAAGUAUGCAUCAGGGCUCAUGUCCAAGGAGAUUCACACUUGAAGUUGCAUCAGACGAGACACUCAUCUGAACAUGGGAGCAAUGAUGAAUCAGGAAAGUAUAUGCAGACUUGUUUCUCGGACUUUUGGAUUGUGGAAGCAUACUGGCUUCCUGCAUGUAUUUGAAGGUCUCUUUUUUGGCACCCUGUCGGUUUGGGAUGAAAUUCCAAGGACAUUUCCGGGUGCCUUGCUGAAUCAAGCCUAUAUUUUUCUUCUCCUUGUUUUCAUGGGAUGCCGUCAAUGUUUCAAAUACGGACCAGACUUCUAAACUUAGCAUUCGUAAUUGUCCAAUCUCGGCUUGUUAUUUCCUUU